GCAGUAUCAUAGAAUAAAGAUAUGACAAAUACAGGCUACUACAGAAAGUCAUAGGAUUUAUAAAACGUUAAAUUGAUUGAAAGUAUUGUGACAGUUCUGUGCUUAAAUAUUCCUAAGAAUUUUGUGAAUAAUGGUUGAAAAUGGAUAUGUUGCUCGAUUUCCCACAUCUAUAUCACUGCUAUCUUUGGAACAUAGCGAGUUAUAUCAUAGAAGAAAGGCAAAUUCAAAGGAAAAUUUAAUUCAAGAAGAUCAUAUAACUCAUUUCACUAGUGCUCAGAAUAUUACUGUGAUAGACUAUGAGGAAUUGACUGAAUGGAAUAACUAUAGUAAUCCACCGCCACUUCCACCUCGAAAUUUUGAAAAUGUUUACGAUCCAAAAAAUCCUGAUGAUGAUCAACCUUAUAAAAAGACUGGAAUCACAGGAAUGUCACUGGACCAUAUGUUCUGCUCUCGCUGUCGCGAGGGUUUUGAAUCUCAUGAAAAAAUUGUAAAUUCUCAUGGAGAACUAUGGCAUCCACAAUGCUUUGUGUGUGCACAAUGUUUCCGACCAUUUCCUGAGGGCAUCUUUUAUGAGUUUGAAGGGCGUAAAUAUUGUGAGCAUGAUUUCCACGUUUUGUUUGCUCCAUGUUGUGGAAAAUGUGGAGAAUUUGUGAUUGGUCGUGUGAUCAAGGCAAUGAAUGCUAAUUGGCAUCCAGGAUGUUUCUGUUGCGAGGAGUGCAACGGAGAAUUGGCGGAUGCAGGAUUUAUUAAAUGCCAGGGUAGAGCCCUUUGUCACAUUUGCAAUGCCCGGGUAAAAGCUGGAGCACUGGGCAAGCAUAUUUGCCACCAAUGCCAUGGUGUCAUUGAUGACAAGCCAUUGCGUUUCCGUGGUGAAGUUUAUCAUCCAUACCAUUUUAAUUGUACAGCCUGUGGCAUAGAACUGAAUUCUGACGCUAGAGAAGUGCGAUCCAGACCUGGUUACGCAGCCAAUGAAAUGAAUGAAUUAUACUGCCUGAGAUGUCAUGAUAAAAUGGGAAUACCAAUUUGUGGAGCAUGUCGUAGACCAAUUGAAGAACGCGUCGUGACGGCUUUGGGAAAGCACUGGCACGUGGAACACUUCGUAUGCGCCAAGUGUGAAAAGCCAUUCCUAGGGCAUCGUCACUACGAGAAAAAAGGCUUAGCCUACUGCGAAACUCACUACCAUCAGUUAUUCGGCAAUCUCUGUUUUGUGUGCAAUCAAGUUAUCGCUGGCGAUGUAUUCACUGCACUGAAUAAGGCCUGGUGCGUCCAUCACUUUGCUUGUGCAUUUUGCGACCAAAAGAUGAAUCAAAAAACAAAAUUCUUCGAGUUUGACCUUAGGCCUGCCUGCAAGAAGUGCUACGAAAAAUUCCCUCAGGAACUGAAGAAAAGGAUGCGUCGUAUGUACGACCUCAAUCCAAAGAAAAUUCCAGCUUAAACGGAACACGGAAAAUACUUUUCAUGGAGUUUGAAAAAAAUCUCGAAUGACAUUAUUGCUUUGUGCCACUCGUACAAAAAUAUUAUCCAAGUGUGGCCGUUAGACAUGUAACGUUAUUGUAACCAAAAUAAUCAUGUAUUUUAUCUAAUAGUAUAGGGGUCUCUUGCCAAAAAAUUAUCCAGAAUCGUAAACUGACAGAAUCGACAACUAAACCGAACGCCACUUGUAUGUUGCUUGCAGUGGCAGAAUAAGCCAUCAGGUGUAGGCUCAUAGCUAGACGUAGGUAUCGGCUGUAUCGACAGCUGCUGUGAGCAACAGGAGCACAAGCGACAGUCGGACAGUUGCCGUUUCUGGCAAACGUUAGCAACCCAUAGUAUAUUACUAUUUUUAAUAAGUAAUUUUUAUUCUCGUUACUACGAUUAAAGAUUUUAACUUGCGCAAGUCUUCGUGCCUUAUACGUAAAUAUAUUAAUGUCAUAUUACGAAAGAUUUACAAUGUUUAAAUUAGUAGAAAGCUGUAAGCACCCUUUAAAACUGGUGUAUUUACGUGGAUAAUAAUGUAAAUCUAUUAACAUACUGAUUUCGAAAUAAAAGUAACCUUUGAAAAAAUUGA